UGCUCUCUCUCUCUCUCUCUUGUUUAUUUUCUUUUUCCUAAAACGGAAUUUUAACUUGGACUGAAGCAUUCCAUAGUUUGGAAUACACUAUAGUGAGGUAGGGUAGCCAUUACUUUUACCAAAGAAAUUGAAAAACCACUUCAGCCUUAACGAAGUGGAAUAAGCACACAAGGUUGCUUUACAUUUUUGUUUCUUUAAAAUGAGGGAUAUGUAAUGCAAGUCCAUGUUUGGGGACUUGUCUGUGGAGGAGGAUGCCAGCAGUGAUGAUAUAUCUUUGGAUGGACUAGAGCAAGAACUGGAAGAAUGCAAAAAUGACGAUGUAGUUGCAAACAUACUAUUUGAAGGUACAAAAUUAAGGGAGUAUACAAAGGGGGUUGAGAACAAUUUACGGAAAGUUGAAUUGGACUCGAUUCAGGUUUGUGCUUACUUAACGAAAUCCUUUUUUGCCAAUCAAUAGUUUUAUAAUUCAUAGAGACAUGAUUUAUUUUUGUAAACUUUCUUACUAGGCUUUGCUUUAUUUUAACCGGAAAAUUGUCUCACGUAGCUCAUAGUUCUAUGAAGUUCACAACAUAAAAGUGUUUGAUGCUUUGUUGCCUGAAAUCCUAUAAUUAUCCAUAUAAAAAAAAAAUAGUGUAAAGAGGCUUCUCUUCUAUGUCAGGAAGUCUUCUUUGUAAUGCUUGGUUCUCCACUUCUACAUCAUAUUAUAUUGUGCAAAACUUUUUCUUCUUCUUUGAUUCGUAAGUUUACAUGCAAUUAGUGAGUUUUGGAACCCAAAACCUUACCCUCCGCCCUUUCUUAUUGAGGAGGAGGUGACGUGUUAGCUAGAGCCCAUUAGCCAUAUUGUGCAAAAACUUUGUGGAGCAUUGCUUCCUUUUGGAAAGCUUAUUGUCA